AUGGACCGGUUACCGUUUGACUUCCCCCCGGCGCGCCCGCUGCCGCCGGUGAAGCGGGCCAAGUUCCCCGGCGCCCCCGCCCCCAGUGGCUCUGCCGCCGCCGGCAACGGGGUGCCGCAACCGCUUCUACCCUUCCCGCGAGACCACCAUCUGAGCGCCGCCGCUGGCGGCGCCACCGCCCUCAAUUCCACCCCUACUACUGCUAACGGCGUUCACGGCAGCGCUCACGUCACUCCCGGCGGCGCUCACGGCGCACAUAGCGCUCACAGCGCCCACGGCGCCGGCGACCUGGAGCUGGACGAGGACGAGCGCUUCCUCCGACUAGCACGCGAGGCGCUCGUCGCCACCGCCACCUCCGGCGACGGCACUCAGCUCGUCGACCCCACCAUUCAAGAUUUACUCCAGCGGCUCCAGUACGCCCUGCUGCCUCACGGCAAUCCCAUUCGACAAAGCAGCAAGAUCGAGGCUAAUUCCAACGGUCAAUUAAACAUUCAAGGUUUCUACCAGCUGUUCCCUAAUUUAUCUAAUGAUAUCUUUAUGGAUAUUAGCCACCCGGUUUCCUCCGGGUCGCUCCCGCUGCACCCGGGUGGUCCCGGGGCGCCCAGACCCCACUCGCGGACGCUGCUGUCAGAAUAUGACGAUACCGACGACGGUAAGCGUUUCAGAUGUGACAAGUGCUCGCAAACUUUCCGGCGGCUGAGUGAUUUGAAACGCCAUGAGAAACAACACUUGCUGGUGCCGGCAAACAUUUGUGACUUGUGCGGCAAAGGCUUCGCCCGUAAAGACGCCCUUAAGAGGCAUCGUGACACCCAGACGUGUCGGCGCAAUGCCGAGAAGAAGCUCUACUUGGAUAACUUGGCGUACCGAUAA